UUGGCCUCUCUAGCAGGGGGAAUCGCCGGCAGCCCUGGGGAAGGAAAGAUGUGGAGGAAACUCGCUUUUCAGGAGGCCCCAGCCAAUGUCAACAGGAAAUCUCUAUCUCUGUGCCCGAGGGCGGUGACAUGCAACACCCCCUUAACAUCUCGGAGCGCUUUGCCACGCUGUACUGGUCCCCCGCUUUGGCUGGGACAUGGAUGAAGAUAGCGGUCAUCCAUUCUGGGAAAUCAAACCCUUACAACAGCUCCUUCCCCAGGCCCAUCUCCGUGUCCAAGGGACGGUUCAUUGUGACGAACGCCAGCAAAGCCAUUGCAGGGAAUUUGAAGAUUGUGCAUGAGAUCGAUGAAAGGGAGUGUCUGGCUUCCAUCCGUCUGAAUGUAGCAGAGCCCGCGCCAACCUCAGCUCCGGCCUCCCUGGCCAGGGACGAUCGCCUCAACAGGACGGCAGCGGGGGAGCCGGGAUCUCAGUCCAGCUAUAUUGUAGCGGUGGUGGUGGGGACAAUGGUGGCCUUACUGGUGUUGGUGUUGGCACUAGGGCUAUGGCAGAGAAAUAAUAUUGCUCACCACAUACGCUGGUUCAGCAGCCAUCUUGGCUUCCCUGCCAGAGCCACCCUGUCCCAACAGGCUGGCGACGCAGGCCCCAUGCAGGAGCUGAUGCAGACGGAGGACGCCAGCGGUGGGGACCGGUCGGCUGUGCCGAAUGGGGAACUUCUCGGCAGCGCUGAAAUGCUAAACGCUGGGGGACUGGAGAGUGAUGAACCGCCCCCCCUCCAAUCCUUCAACAUCCGGUCAAUGUGCAGCGGCAGUCAAAAAAGCGAACAGAGCGUUGGGCCUCAUUAAGAAAGGGACAGAAAAUAAGACAGAAAAUAUCAUGUUGCCACUACAUAAAGCCUUGGCACCCCCACGUCAUGAAUACUGGGUGCAGAUGCGGUCGCCCCAUCUCAAAAAAGAUGCCUUGUAACUGGAAAAGGUACAGCUGUAGAGCUGAAGAAUGAAAUUGUUUCUUUUUACUUCGAUUGAAGUACUAUUAUUAUGAAGCCUUUAUUAAUAUGUCUUUAUUUUGUAUCAAAUGAACAACCAGAACUUCAUUUUCCAGGCCCUGAAAAAGACCCCAAACGACAGGUGGCUGGAGAUGUUGCCUGGUGAUUUGCACUGGGGUUAAUCAGCGUCCGCUUCCAUCCGCGCAGCCCCAAACUGUCCCUUCUGGCUGGGGGCACAGCUCCCGGUGUUGCCGGCCCAGAGGGCCUGAGGGGGCAACAGUGGGGGUUCGUUGCCCGGUGUGCAUCGCACUAAUUAACACACCAGGGUGGAGAAGCAAACCAAGUUUAUUCAAGAUCUUGAAAAAGGCACUAGGAGAAGCUUGUAACCAGCGCGCUUGAUUUGAGAUACUGCAAGUUCCCUUUUUAUAUUUCAAGCUGUCUGUACAAGCCUUUGUUUUCUCCCUGUUUCUUCCCUUUCUCCCUCCCCCUUGUAGCAGUUACACUAAGCAUUAGAUUGUAGCUUAUUAGCAAGUUCCCAUGUGCAUGUUUAUCUAUGGCCUUCACGACACAGACGCAGGCAGACUCUCCCCCCCUCCUUCUCCCCCGUAUCCAGGGCCGGCUCCAGACCCCAGCGCGCCAAGCGUGCGCUUGGGGCGGCAUUU